GUUCUCUUUCGUCUCGUGAAUUUGAAGCAGCCGCCCAAAUUCUUUAAAUAAAAGAAGAAAAAUGGAUCCAGAUGCAGUAGCGAAGGCCUUCGUUGAGCACUACUACUCCACAUUCGAUGCGAACCGGGCCGGUUUAGCAAAUCUCUACCAGGAAGGUUCCAUGUUGACCUUCGAAGGUCAAAAGAUCCAGGGCUCUCAGAACAUCGUCGCUAAGCUCACCAGCCUUCCUUUCCAGCAGUGUAAGCACAACAUCACCACCGUCGAUUGCCAGCAUUCCGGCUCCGGCGGCAUGCUCGUCUUCGUCAGUGGUAACCUCCAACUCGCCGGCGAACAGCAUGCUCUCAAGUUCAGCCAGAUGUUUCAUUUGAUGCCAACACCACAAGGAAGCUUCUAUGUGUUGAAUGACAUAUUCAGGUUGAACUAUGCGUGAAGACAAAUGGGUGGUGAUACAAUGUCGAGUAUUUUAAAACACAUUUGCUUAUUUUUGGCAUCUUGAAUGAAAAUUGGAAAAUUCUUUUUUGUUGAUCAUGUUUCAUUAUGGUUUCCAUGUCUCUCCACAUUUCAGAGAUUUCUUUUUUUGUGAUUGGUUGAAUUGGUGGGAGACGCUAUCUUAUGUUUUGGAUGUUUGAUUAUAAAUUUUAGUUUAGCUUAUGCUUUUCAGAAACAGAUUUUCCAUCAAUGAAUCAUAGAUAUAUGCAAUUGAUGAUUAAUAUGAAUGGUCUUUCUGUU